AUGGACGUGGCCCCAAACGACCAACAAGACCUAGCCCUCCCAGGCUACGACGAGAUCCAGCGCCGCCUCGACCAGUGCGCCGCCGAAAUGGACUCCUGGGUAUUCGACGAGAAUUCCGUGACGGUCGGCUGCAGCUGGUACGUCUGGAGCGUCACCGCCGCGGCGCUCCUCAUCGCCGGCGGCGGCCUUGCCGUCGGCUUUUCCGUCGGCCAGCGCAUCACGGGUGUCUACCCGUUCGACCUGGCUAACUACACAUGGGCCGCCGCCGCGUUCGUGCUGCUGAUCCGCAAGAGCAUGCUCGUGCGCCAGUGGGAGUGGAGCGAUUUUCUGCGGCGGCGCGUCCGCUGCUACUCCGUUUCCGAGCUUGCCAACACCACCGGCUUCCACGAGCAGCUCAUCAUGGCCAAGCUGCUGCACCAGGACUGCGGCAAGGGUCCUCUCAAGCGAGGGGAACGGACCAGGUGA